AUGAAGCCGAAAAUCGAAGGCUUACUGAGGAGAAAUGACUUCAAGCUUCUCAUCGAGCAGAGGGAAGAAGAAGCAAAAGGACUUCAGGCCGAGUUAGAAGCGGCUCAGAAAGAACAAACCGAUUUGUCCGAGCAGCUUCGUGUUGAAGUGGGCGUAGUGAAAGUGGAGGCCGAGGAGUGGAAAAGGAACAUAGAUUGCCUUGCCUCAGAAAAGGAGGCCGCCCGAGCUCAACUGGCUUCGGCUGAGACCCAACUCCGAAGUUUGAAAGAGAAAGCCUCGGUGCAAGCCAAGAAAAUUGGGGAGUUCCAGUCUCGGUUGGGUUCAGUAACUUCUGAUCGAGAGAGACUGGCCAUAGAGCUUGCAGCGGCCAAAUCGGAGGUCGAGAUAACCAUGGCUAAUGUUGAUGCCAUAGUGGCCGUCUACCGGUCUGAUGCUGAAGUUGCUCAGGUUCGAGCAAAGGAGGUUGCUGAGGCUGCUCAGGCUCGAGAAAACUGGGUUGCCGAGCAUGCUAAAUGCCAAUCUCGGAGGGAGACUCUAGAGAAGAUCCACACUCGUGGUUUUGAUCUUACAGCCGAGAUCGAGAAUGCUAAGGAGCUUGAAGCCGAAGCGAGAGUGUUGGCCUUUCCUGAUGAUGAUGAUACCGGGA